CUUAUGUCAAAAAGUUGAAAUGAUUUGUCAAACAUCAACAUUUUUAUCAAAAUAACACAAUAUUCUAAACGGGGGAAUUAAAAUCUACAGUUGCUAAUCCCAUAGGAGUAAAUGACCUCAAUAUGGACAACAUUUCCCCACCUCCUAAUGCCUCCCCCGAGGAAAUUGAAGCGUGGAACCAGAUGAUGGACACCAUGGUAACCUUCAUAAAGGCCUCCACCAACCUAAUGAACACUAUUACCACUAAAGUAAGAUUUUCUAGUCAAGCAUGGAUGGGAACCAAGGGAGCGAAAGCUGUUGGAGGGUGCGAACCAGAAUGUGAGGCCUGUUUACCGAAGCCUCCACCGCCACCUUGUGGAGUUUGUACCGAAGAUAAUAAGACAGCAGCAAAAAAAGUUCCAUCUUCAAAAACUGGAGUUGCUAAGGAACCUUCUGGGUCACUGAAAUCAGCAUCAGCUGUAAAAUCCCCGUCAGCUGUUGCAGAGGCGGAACCAGCAUCCGCUGAAGGAGCAUCAUCGACAGACGCACAUGACAUUGCCUUUGUUUCAACAGAAGAAGAAACACCUGCCGAAGAUGUUCCCGCAGAAGAAGUCCCUGCAGUAGACGAUAAUGCUGAAGAAGCUCCUGGAGGAGAAGUUCCUGCAGAAGUAACGCCGACUGAUGAAGAGGCUCCAGCUGUUGUUGAAGAGGAUGAUGGCGAAAAUCAAGAAGCAGAAGAAGCCAAAAAAUUAGACGAAAAUGAACUACCUGAGAAAGAACCGGCUGGAGGUGAUAAUAGUAAAUGCUGCUGUAGUACCAUACGAGAAGAAAGGGCACAAAAUAAAAAAAGUCAUUGCAAGUGCAAGAAAAAGAAGAAAAAACGUGAUAUAUCCAGUGAAGCAGUUAUAGAAGAGGAACAAGAAGAUGAAGCAGAAGAAGUUGAAGAAGUUGAAAGGAAAUGUGGUUGCGGAGCCACCCCAGGAAAUAAGGAGUGGUUAAUGCAGGAAAUGGUAGUAAAGUUGGAAAAUGCGCAAAGCGAGAUUACCCAACUGCAAGAAGAACUCGCGAAACUUCAAAGAAUGGACAUGUCUAAGAAAGUUGGACCUCAUGCUACCCCGAAUCCAGCAAAACUAUAUCAAGAAAUUAUGAGAGGGUCGCAGCCACCUUCAUCGCCAACUUCUCGUAUGUAUCCGCAAAUGAUGCAGCCAAGUCUAUAUGCGGGAAAUAUGACAGGAUACCCCGAUAGUGGUUAUAAUGUUAGAACAAAUCAAACUAGAAUGCCAAAUCAAUCAGUUAACCAAUUACCCAAUCAAUCAAGAAAUCAGUUAAUAAGCCAAUCUCUAAACCGAGUACCUAAUCAGUCAGCAAAUCAGUCUGUAACUCAGCCCCCCAAUCAGUCAGGUAACUUACCGGGAAAACCAGACUGUGAUGCUCCAUGUGCAGGCCUAAGUAAAAAGGAGGAAUCGGAAACUUCGUUGGAUUGUGCUCCCGGAUGUGAUGGUCGAACGAAUUCAAGGACUGUAACAGGAUAUGGAAGUUCUAUGGGCCAGCCACAGAUGCGAUUGACGAAUUCGUAUCAAGGAGCUGGUGGGCAGAAUAUGGGAGCUCGAUCCGCAACGCCUUAUCCAAAUGUUCAGCAGCCACCCAGAAGGAACUCCUGGGGCGGAAACCAGGCACAAAUGGAUCCCGCAGGAUAUAAUAGAGGCGCUCCUAACUUUGCCCAAGGGCAAAAUUUUCAACAGCAAAAUUACAUAGGAGGUGCUGCACCACCAGGUUAUCCUCUCAAUUUAGGACCAUCAGAUUAUUAUAACCUUAGGGGACAAUAUGGAGUACCUGCACAACCAUCAGUCAUAAGAGAAUCUGUUUUAUGUCCUUCUAGAUCCCCAUGUCAAGAUACCCCACCGCCGCCCAAAAGAAUACUUGUAUGUGGCCCGCAACAAUCGCGGUCUCAAAAUUUACCCAGCAACUUUAAUGAUUGUAGCCCUGACUGUCCUGGAGGCUUUUAACUAGUACAGCAUUUCCAAAAAAAAAAACGAAUUUACUAGUGUUUGUUUCUAAAAUAGUCUUUUGUAUUUUUUUCAGGUAAAAUCGAUAUUCAAAAUAAAGAAAGUAUCAAAUAGA